AUGAUGGGAAUGAUCCCUAUUGAGAAUAGCCGACAAGUUGGCAUUCUUGUAACCUCCUUCAUUUCUAUCUUGAUAGUCACUGUCUCGGUAGGCCUGCGCCUUGUCGCCAAAAGCAUGAGGAACAGCCUCGACUGCAGCGACUACUGCAUUAUAGCAGCCUCGCUAUGGAACAUUGCGCUCCACGCUUGCUGUUUGGCACUGGUCACACAUGGCGGCUUUGGAUUCCAUAUUGUGGAAAUUUAUCAGCGCUUUGGGCCUGGGACUGUAACCUUCUUCUUUAAGGGGGUUAUGUCCUUCUCGGUGCUGUGGAAUGCUACUGUGUGUUUCAGCAAAUUGUCGGUCUUGUCGAUGUAUACGGCGAUGAUCCCGAAGUCUUCUAUGUCGAAAUGGGCUCGUAUUCUCAGUGCCCUAAUCAUAAUAUGGAACAUCGCCAACAUCAUCGCUGUUUUGUUGAUGUGCCGACCGUUCGCAAGGAAUUGGGACUUUACGUUACCAGGAACUUGCGGUAGCCAACCAGCUUUUCACUUCGCAAUGGGGCUUGUCAACCUCAUCGCAGAUGCUAUAAUUAUUGCAUUGCCAAUGCCAUAUCUCUACAACUUGCGAUUGGCUUGGCGCAAGAAGUUAGCCGCAAUGGCCCUACUCAGUAUUGGAACAGGAACCUGGGCUAUCACUAUAUGCCGACAAGUACUGCUGCCCGAUAUAGACCAUGCGGACAUGACGUACAGCGGUGUGCUUGUCAUAAUACUCUCUAGCCUCGAGCCGGCUGUCGCGAUCGCUCUGCCGUGCAUCCCCCUUACGCGACCCUUAUUCGACAGAUCAAUCAAGACCACCCACUCCAGCUACGUUAGCAGACGGGUUAGUUUUUUCUCGAAGGAAGGAAGCAGAACACAGGAUUUCGACCCGACUGCCACGUUCUCAGAAUUGGUGGGCAACAACGAUACUUCUUCGCCACUUGAGCUGCAGUCUAUCAAGCCUUCUCAGAUUGUUCGCGUCUCGUCUGUUUACGAGCACCGUCGACAGCAGAUACCGGCGAGUCCAAAUUACAGUAUCACAGUUGAGACGAAGUGGGAAGUAAGAAGAGACUGA